AUGGUGGCAUCCAUCAAUCGGAAGGCUCGAGGUCACAAUUGCAUUUUCAAAUUAGAUAUGAUGAAGGCCUUCGACAGAGUGUCCUGGGGAUUUCUGCGGCGGCUCCUCCAGAAAUUUGGUUUCGAUUAUAGAUUUAUUUUGCUCAUUUUAAAUAAUCUCUCUCAAAGCUGGUUUUUUGUCUUGGUAAAUGGCAGGUCGAGGGGUUUUUUUCAGGCAUCACGCGGGAUUAAGCAAGGUGACCCCCUGUCCCCUAUUCUAUUUAUUUUGGCAUCUGAGGCUCUUAGUAGGGGUUUAAAUGCACUGGUGGAAGGUGGUAGUGUCGCUCCUUAUGCAAUGCCGAGAGGCUGCACUAGUAUCACACACUUGGCUUUUGCGGACGAUAUUGUCAUAUUUGCUCGUGGAGAUAGGAGAUCAGUGGGCAAUCUGCUCCGUUUCUUAACACUCUAUCAGAAUGGAGCGGGGCAACGGAUCAACAAGCAAAAGAGUUUCUUUAUAGCGUCAAAGCGGUGUGGCGCUGGCCAAAUUCGCCAAAUCCAACAUUUAACAGGGUUCAGGCAUGGCUCCUUUCCUUUUUCUUAUUUGGGGUGCAACCUCUACGCUGGUCAUCGAAAAAAGGAGUACUUCCACUUUUUGAUUGAGAAGUUUGUUGCUAAGCUAGCGGGUUGGCAGAAGAAGCUUCUCACACAAGGGGGUCGCUUGAUCCUAAUUAAGCAUGUUUUGUCCGCCAUACCCUUGCAUGUCCUGGCGGUCAUGGAUCCCCCCAAAGCGGUGAUCCAUAGUCUAGAACGGCUAAUGGCUCGCUUUUUUUGGGGCCAAUCGGAGUUCGGACCAAAACACCACUGGUGCUCCUGGAAGAACUUGUGCUACCCCACAGCUGAGGACGGGCUUGGGCUACGUUGCUUUGAGGACAUACAGGGGGCUUUUAGCUGUAAAUUGUGGUGGCGGUAUUGCAAUUCCAAAUCCCUAUGGGCCGAUUUCAUGAGAUCCAGAUAUAGUGUGCACAGUGGGGCGCAACAGGCAGCAUCCAGAGUCUGGAGACGAAUGCUGGCCGUCCGCGACACAGUGGACCAAUUCACGCAGGUUAUAAAGUUAGAUGACACAGUUCGGCGAGCCUGGGUCCUUACAGCCUCCGGAGAGUUUACCGUCUCCUUGGCAUGGGAUGCAAUGCGGCCUCAGCAGGCGGACCUUGGUUCAAGGAGAUGCAUAUGGGAUUGUUGGCUCCCUUGCAAAAUUUCAAUUUUCAUGUGGAAGCUACUCAAUAACUACUUGCCUUUCCCUGAAGCGUUGCGUAGGUUUGGCUUCCAACUCCCUUCCAAAUGUCAGUUCUGCCCCACCAGAGAGUCUCAGGAUCAUGUCUUGUCCGAUUGCUCGCUUGCAACAGAGGUGUGGAAUUUCUUCUCCAGGGUCCUUCGGAUACCUAUUCAGCCCUCCAAUGGUGUCGUUUGCCGUUUGCAACAAUGGUGGCUUUAUAAAUCUCAAAGUACCGCUCGGGGUGAAUUAUGUAGGGUACUGGCAUCAAUCAUAAGUUGGGGACUGUGGAAGGCUAGGAAUGUGGCAAUGUACGAGGGUGUUAGGUUGACGCCAACACAGGUUUGUCGGAACAUACAGGCUUUGCUACUCAGCAUUUCCCAAUCCCACCCUUUCGUCCAGAUGGCGCACAACGACAGGGAGUUGGUGCAAUCUGGGUUGCUACUUAGCAUGACACAGAAGAGAUAG